AUGGGCCCCCUCGCACACGACCGCGAAAACCUCGCCCCCGCCCUCCAUGCGGGGCCGUACACGACUACAGAUCCCGACAAAAUCGUUAUUAAGGCUGUCUACCUCUUCAUGAACCAGUUCUCCAAGACACCCGCCAGCCAGCUCGUGUCUGGCAUUGGCACCGUCACGGAUGGACUGAUUCUGAGGAUCACGACAGAGGGUCUCUUCAUCGACGAUGACGUCAGGACCCCAAGCGGUGCGAAUACCAGCUCCCCCAACGUACUCCGCAAAAUGGCUGGUCAGCGCUUUCAAGACCGAGGCGCAUCCAAGAUCCUCUCAGGCGACGACGCAGACCUAUAUCUCUCGGAGAUGCUGCGUGCCUGCAAGGAUUGCUGCCGCCUCGGUCUUUGUGAGGCAACUUUUAAAGGUACUAACAUCCCAUCUCCGACGGGGCAGACUGGAGAAUGGAAACCCAAAGGUCUCCACGUUCUCCGAGCCACGAUUCGCGAUCAAGAAGGCAAGAGGUACAUGUUUGUCCUCAACGAGGAAGAGAGCUGGAAGGUGGCGGUGGGUUUGCAGCGGCUCCGUCGAGGCACGCAAGCCAGGGCAUUGGGCAUUAGCGGGAUGAGUAGCGCAGAGAUGAGGGGUUCGCUCGAAUUGCUGGGCUGGAUAUGA